UCUUCCUCUCUUGUGAUUUGGGUGCUGCCUCUUCCUCUUCUGCCUCCGUUUCCUCCCCCUCUCCCCUCCCUCGUCCGCCUCCGGGAGAGGUCGAGAGAGAGAGAGGAAGAGGGAGAGAGAGGGGCCGCGGGACAGCUUGACCUGCGCUACUAUCAUUUCUACAGUUUUGAUACUCUGAACAUAACACUGAUCAAGAUGCCCGCACUCAUAAUGAAGAGGAAGUUCGAUGAUGACAUUUUUGGAAAUGAGGUCGACACCAAGUCAAUGAAAUCUAUGAAAAUCUCACACUCUGAAGUUGAUGAGUUAGAGCAGGCAGCUGUGAUGAACUCGUUUUACAAUGAUCCUCAUCAUGAUGCAGAUCCGGAACCUCCGUUAGCUGGCCAGGGUACUGGUAUCACGGAAGCUGCUGGCUUGCAUGCUGUACUUGGAGGAACAUCUAUUGAUCUGCUCAAGGAUGUAAUAUCUGAAGCGGUGGUUUCGCCAGCUGAUUCUACGUCUGAUAAUGAUGGCAGCAUAUCUCAGCUGAAUGCAGUAAAUAAUGUUGACGAAGGGUUUGCAGAUCAAGAUGCCAAUUAUUCACUGCACGAUAUUUGUACUGUUAAUGAUAAUGAAGGAAGCUGGGGCCUAAAUCAGGGUUGCAGCCUGUUGGACAUCUAUAAUCCUGAUGAUGCUUUCCCUUUCUUACUUGAUGUUCCAAUUGAUCUCCUGGCCAGUUACAGUGCAUUAUGUGAUGAAUUUGUACCCUUUGAUGCAUUGAUAGACAUGACUGGCAGAUGUGGAGUGUUCCCACUUAAUGAGAGCACCGCAGAAGCCAGUAUUGGAAAUGAAACAUGCUCAUCAAUGGGGAAUGUGAGCGAUAAUAACUCUGCUGGGGAGUGCUUUAGUAGCUCGGAGGUGUUAGAGUGGCUUAAUCCAUAUGUGGACGAGGAGGACUUGCCUAAUCUUAUUGAUUAUAGCGAGUUGAGUUCAGAUGCUGCUUGUGUAUCUAAAGAGCAAGGGACUAAGAAGGUCACUCUUGUGCUUGAUUUGGAUGAAACCCUUGUUCAUUCAACUAUGGAGCACUGUAGUGAUGCUGAUUUUACUUUUCCAGUCUUCUUUGAUAUGAAAGAACAUGUUGUAUAUGUGAGGAAGAGGCCACAUCUCCACAUUUUCCUCCAAAAGAUGGCUGAGAUGUUUGACGUUGUUAUAUUCACAGCCAGCCAAAGUGUUUAUGCAGAUCAGCUGCUUGACAGGCUUGAUCCAGAGAAGACAUUGUUCUGUAAGCGUUUUUUCCGUGAGUCGUGUGUAUUUACGGAAAGUGGCUACACAAAGGAUCUGACUGUUGUUGGGGUUGACCUUGCAAAGGUUGUCAUCAUUGACAACACUCCACAGGUUUUCCAGUUGCAAGUGAAUAACGGUAUACCUAUACAGAGCUGGUAUAAUGACCCGUCCGACGAGGGGUUACCUCAGCUGAUUCCAUUUCUGGAGAGACUUGCUGUUGCGGAUGACGUUCGACCCAUAAUUUCGAAGAAGUUUGGCGACACAAAGGAUAAUUGCUAAGGUUUUCUGGCGGGUGUUAGGAAUAGUUUUGUUACUCACAUAGAGGAACAAGAACUCACAUGACACGUUGACUGCACUAGUUGAGACUUGUUUUUUUUUCUUAUUUUAUUUACAGCGAGUUGAUUUCAUAGGAUCAAGAAUUUUGGUGCCAGAGCUAUUCCUCGUGAAUUGUAUAUAUCUUCAACUCUGUUAUAGAAUGUUGUACAUAGAAACCUUUUAGAAAUGAAAAUGAACCUCCAAAUUUCUUCGUUGCAA